AGUAGCCCACGCCAACUACCGUAGCAUCACCAGAGUCAGCCGGAGUACCCUGAAAACGACUUGAGAGGACAGGCUCUGUUCUCUAGCACUUCAUAUGCGAUGACUUCUAAGCUUGCCCAAGUCCGACUGCCGUCAAUCCAGGACAUGGUUCCGGAGUCGCACCUCGUCACUUCCGGACACAUGGGGCAGUACAGCCUUGUCCAUGGUCACCGAGUGAGCGAGGAGAAUAACACUACUCCCGGGUCAUGGGCUUCCUCACAGCCACAAGCGACAGACGGCCUCAGCGCUUACUAUUCGCAACUGUGGCUCGCUGACCCCACGGGACCACUACUCGCAAGCGGUCCAUACACUGUCCUAGCGACUUAUUACUUGGUCCUGCCGAUGUGUGGUGCUGGUAGUCAUCUGCACUAUCCUUCAUUGGUGCCGCUUCCGCCUGUCGAGAUGCCGGACCUAGUUCGCCCGGCUCUGGCGCAGCUACCAGAGCUGCAAGGCAGCCAGACUCAUCACGAACCAGAGACAACGAUCUCGAGCUGGAACGCCGCGCAGUCCCCGAGCAGCAUGUAUCAAGAGACUCUGUAUUGCUCUCCAGGCCCAGCAUACAGCGGAGCUCCAAAUGCCGUCUUACAGAGCCCGGAAGCACGGCUGUGCGAAGACCUGUCUAGCGGUACUUCAACGCAGCUGCACGACGAGCAUAGCAUGGCCAUUGCCGGCACAGAGACCACGGUGGGAUCAAGCCUGCUCAACAUCAACGGUGGAAACCGACUCCUUUACCCGUCUCCAGGCGAGCUCGUCAACAAACAUGUCCCGAAACACGAUCGAAAACAAGUCAAACGGCGCCAGCGUGGGUCCGCAGGCUCGAAGAAAGCCCGCAACAGAGGUGUCAAUGCUCAGAAAGCCAUCUGUGACAGCUGCGAGAGAGAAUCUGGUUCUGGUCAAGGAGUGAGCUCACACACGCGUCAGACGGGAUGCGAAGCCGAAUCCUCGCACGGAAAUUAG